AUAUUGACUAUUUUUACAAACCACUACCCAUCACAAUCACCACUGCCACCCGCCUCUGUCAUGAACCUUCCUCUCUCUCUCUCUCUACCUUUCUUUUUCGCCUUCCAUAUCCAAGCAGACUUCCUUUUCACAUAGGCUCUGCGCUCUGGCUAUCUUCCUUGUCAUAGGCUUUGCUUUGUAGGAGAUUCAUUUUUUACUUUUUUCCUCAGAUAGACGAGAAAACUAUAAAUCCUCAUAGAUUUCCCAACAACAAGUCUUUCAGGAUCAAAAAAAACUUCCGGCGGGGGAGAGGGGCUUCGCUCUCAAAUCCCAACUCCCAAUCGCCUAAUCUCGACCAACCAGUUUCAAUUUAGGUCAAUCUCUGUUCACAACUAAAAGGGAAGUCAGCGAUGGGAGGAUAUUCAGCCCACCCAACCAAGAAAGAUCUGCACCCGAGGCUACCGAAUUGACAACACUGUUGCCACCCGAAUUGCCGCCACCGUCGCCGUCGAAGUUGCAGUGAUGGACGUCACGAUUUUGGUUCGUUCACCCACGUGGCGCGUCAGAUUACCAUCACCAACAGCAGGGGUGCUUUCCGGUUUGGUUGGUCGCUGAUCUUCACGUUAAUGGGCGCCGGAGUCGGAGAGGAUGCUGGCGUUGACAGCGGGGAUGUUGACGACUCCGCCGCCUGCUCGGUCUGUGUGGAUACCGUUGCAUCCGUGGUCACGAUUUGUGGACGUCGCAGAUCGAUUCGUCAAUGAGGAUGGGUUUUGGGGAUGGUGGAAGGUGCGGACAGAAAGGAAAGCCGCAGAUCGAUUAGGAUGGGUUUUGGGGAUGGGUUAUGCCGCAGAUCGAUUCGCUGAUGAGGAUGGGUUUUCUGCUCGGUCGAUUUUCGGUGGGGAUGGUGGCAGUGGUUUGAUAUAUGUGGUGGUAGAUGUCGGGAUGGAGAUGGUGGCCGUGGUUUGGGAUAGGUGGUGGUGGAUGUAGGCGAACUUGAAGGAGCUGUACACGAAUUGGUUCAUCAGAUGGAGCCAAAGAUGGUGGUGUUGGGGUAGGGAUAGGGGCUCUUUUGUCAGUUAAGAUUAUAUAUAUUUUGUAUUAAAAAAUUGAAGGUAAAAGGAUCAAUUCACAUGACUAGGGUGUAAGUAAAAGUUAAAACUAAAA